AUGUCAUGGUGGGUGCUAAGCUUGGACCUGGAGCAGGCCAUGAAAUAUAACCUUGCAGCUUGUUGGCUGCUUCGCCAGAGCGGCGUGGUGAGGCAACGUGGAGAAGAGUUCACUCCGCAAGAGCUGGAAUGCAAGCGAGCUGAGAAGGCGACCGACCCCGACACUGGCGAGACCAUUGUUCUUGUGGAGACCGAUCCCGUGCAUGGACUCAACAAGUUGUUGGACGCCCUUGAAUCCAUCAACGGCAAGACCGAUUUGGAUAAGAAAGGGGAGCUGCGCCACCUUUUCUACAAUGAGUUGCGGCGCAAGCCUGGCGAACGCAUCAGCGAGUUUUGCACUCGUUUCCGAACCCUAGCAGCUGACCUUCGUUCAGAGGGGAUUCAACUUCCAGCAGCAGAAUUUGGAUGGUUCUUGAGGGAGAAGUGCUCAGCCGUUGCAACGGAGACCUUUUGGGGGCGGCGAUGGCAAACCGUCAUUGAUGCAAAGGUUUCUUUCUUCCUCGAGCUCUUCAUCCGGGAGGCCUUCAACCUUGACCUUCAACAACAAGUUCUUCCAUGCAUCCACCUUUUCACACUUCAGCUUCUGUUUCCUCUAGGAGCACUUUUAGGUCUUCAAGGUCCUCAAACUCGUCAGAGCUAUGUGACUGAAGCCGACUUGACAGAGGAGCCUGAUGAUGGCGAAGCUGAGUUGAUCCCUGAUGAUGCGGGGAAAGAAGAGCCGAGCUUGGAAGAAGUCUUGCAAUCUGAGGCAGCAACCUUGGCUGCCGACUUGGAAGCCCUUGAAGCCGAAGGGGUUGAGCCAGAGUUGUUGGAAGAGUUGGAAACUGGAGUGGAAAGCGCUGCUGAGGCCUUAGUCUCAAUGCGUGAGGCGCGCACAAAGAUCAAUGAAGUGAAGCGUGACCGUGGUUAUGGUCGCAGUGGAAGUGCGAUGUCUCAAUCCAAACCUCAUGGCAACCAGGUGAACCGUGCCAAAGCCUCCACGAAGUGUUUUGAUUGUAAUUUGCCUGGCCACUGGGCCGGAGACAAGGAGUGCAUGGAACCUGGAGCUGGUUUGGGAAAGAAAGACAAGAAGCCUGGAAAACAUGUCAUGAUAGCUGAAGCGAUGAAUAUUGAGUACGUGAUGCCUGCUGAGACCUUUGGGGAAGAUCCACCUGAGCCUCAUGAGAUCAGUGCUGUUUCUGCUGUGAAGGGUCUGCCGACCUCAACUCUUUCUGAAGCCCUGUCUAUGCAGACUUCCACCGCUGUGCCUGAGAAGCCCCAACAAAUUGAGCUUGCAAGCGACAAAAGGUUGGUAGGCAACUUGCCGCGGGCCACUUCCUGCUGGAAAUCAUUCCGCGAGCGUGGAUCAGGCCUGGUUCCCAAAGAUGGCGAAAGUUUGGUCAAGAUGGUGUGGUUGAAUUUCGCAAUGGACGUGAAGUCCGAAAAGCCUCUUCUGCUGGUGAAAUGGCUUCGGAUGGUGCGGCGCCUGUUUCUGCGAAGUGCAUGGCACGUCCAAGGGCUGCUGCUUUGGCUUUUGCAGCGACCAUCGCUGCGUUGGGUGCCUGUUCCAUACCCAGCGAUCAGCGACACCAUGCAAUGGCGUCAACAGGCCGAGAGCAUGGUGGCCAAUGGCAGUCUGGCAAAGCGCCAUUUGACCAGGGCGCAACAAGUUGGAGCCUUCACGGCGCAGAACCUCAAGGAUGCAGUGUUCCUUCGAAACCGGAUGGGUUUCAAUUUGGCUUUCAUGGAAGAUCCGCUACUGACUGGAAUGCUGGCGGCUCGAGCAACCAAGGGCUUAGCAAGCAAGAUCCGUCCCAGAGGAGGAUUGCCAGUCCUUCGACAAGACCUUCUGCGCUUGGCAACGCUGCUACAUGUGGAGAUCGCCGAGGGGGACACCAUGGCAAAGCUGAAAGAAAAAUGUCGCCCAGCUGUAGAUUUGCUGAUGGCCAAGACAAAGCAUGUCAAGGAGCCGGAAGCCAAAGGAAAGCCAAGCAAAUCUUCCAGCGCUUCCUCUCCCGAGCCAAAGGCAAAAUCUCCUCCGCCUUCAGCCACCUUGACCGAAGAUCCCAACAACCUAUCUCUUCAACAAGUUCAAGCACUGAUGGAAUCUCAGGAAAGCAGGUUUCAAACGAUGCUUUCUCAGGUGAUGCAACAUGUGAACCUGCAGAGCAACAUCAACCCAGUGCUGCCAGUCGUCGAGAGCCCAGACGACUCCAUGGGAAGCUUCGAGGAGGUGAAUCAAGCGGAGGAUCUUCGUCGUCGGAUGGGGAUGACUGGAGCGGCAGAUCAGCAGAUCAGCGACGAGGAGGUUCAACGCUUGAAUGCAGAGUACUAUGCAGAGAUGAGACGCAGCAUUUGCAGAGACCUUCGACUAGAAGAUGAUGCUGCCAAUCCCUGGGAGAUCAAUCAGCACGUGAAGAAGGGCCUUGGUCAGAUGAUUGCUCAGGCCUGGCAACAACAUGAACGAGAUCGCGUGUUGGUCUCCAACUCUCCCAAAGAUGUUUUGGAUGUUUCAGUGAACAAUGGUAUGAUGCUACGAACAAAGGUUUGA